GGAGGUGCGGCUCCCCCAGCCCGGCGCUGCCCUCCCCCUUCCUCUCCCCCCGCCGCUUUUAUGUCUGUCUUUAAACGCCGUCGCAGCGAGGGCUGGGGGCACAUGUGCCUGCUGCCGCCUGCCCGCCGCUGAGCCCCGCGCCCGCACGGCCCCGCUCGCCACCCCGCGCCCCCCGCGGGGGCACCCGGAUCCCCGCCCCCCCCCCCCCCCCUUCCCGCAGCCGGCGCCCGUCGAGCCCCGCGGGCGGAGGAAGUAUUCUUCUGUAACUAAAAUUUAAGGAGACUAAUCUGGGAGAAAAGUUGUCAGCAUUUGAGACUGUACAGGGUCUCGAUGUGAGAAAAAGUCGGGAAGAACAUUUUGUAGAAACGGAGAAGAAAUUUUCCAGCAGUCUGAAACAGAUGCAGUGUCACUGAAGUCUGUAUAAAUACCCGUAUUUGCAGCAGGUGUGAAUGUAGUCUUGCGUCUUUAAAUAGUUUUGCUAUAGCCUAAAUGAUUUAAUUGUAUAAAGACUCCAGAAUCAAAACCAUUCCUUUUUCCUAAUGCUUUCAAGUCUCCUAUAGCCCAAAGAGCUCUUAUUUUUUUGCUAUGUAUCAUGCAUUAACAUGUCUCAGAUAACAUCACCGAAGAAUGCAGAGAAAUGUAAGUUUCAUUGUAUAGACUAUAAUUAUCCUUCAUUAUGAUUGAGUUAAGUACUUAUCGAAUCUCUAUCUGUUACUGACAGGCUGUAUUAAACUAUCUAGGGCAAAAUGCUAGAUCAUGUAGUUCACGCUGAAGAGUAGCAUAAUGGCUGCUUCAGUAGAUAAAAAUGGGCUUGACUAGGCAAAAAGGCUAUGGUGCUAUUCUUAUUUCCGCCAAAGAACACAAUGCUGCAUUGCAGCAGUAAUUCGGUCUGUGCAGUGAGUACUGUAACACAAUGUAACUCUUGCUGAAAUAAUGAUCUGUACACAGAUUCUCCCAGCGAUAGCCAUUCUUCACAGUCAGUACUCCCACAAAACCUGGAUUGCUCCUGCAGACUUCUCUCUCACUCAGUCAGAUAUGAUGGUCGUUAGCUAUUCUCUCCAUCCUGCCUGCACCAGUGGCCUGAUUCCUUUUUGCAGACUCACAGUAGUCCUUUGCUCCUAAAACUUUGGUUUUCCUUUUUCGAUAUUGGUUGCUCCCAUCAUGCUUUCUUCUGCUUAGUUCAUGGACUUGUGUUUGAGAUGCAUUUUAUAGGCUUCCUUCAAGGUGCAGAAGCUCGUCUUACUUUUGCAUAUAAUCCUCAUCCAGUGAUUUCAUACAGACUGAAACCUUUGGUGUGAAUAUCAGUCAAGAUCUUUUAUGAACAUCUGCCAUGGUGAGAAUCCUGACUUUUGGUUCUGUGUCCUCUGCUGAAUCAUACUGGUUUCUUCACUGGGAGUCGAUGUGGAGAUCUUAUUAACAGGAGCGCAAGACGUAAGCUUAUGGGACUGGACUGGUACACUGCGCUAUCACAGUCUACCUUCAAAGCAGAGAUUAGAGAAAUGUGAGCUGGCUGCAGUUUUAUAUUGCGUUUUUCUACCCCCACAGCAGCGUGUUGGUAUGUUAACUGCUUCAUCAGAGAAGAAAGCAGAGCACUGAGGAACAGAAUAUUAAUCCUUUUCUCCCUUUAAUGGCAAACAUUGAACUUAAAAAGAUACUUUCAGUAGAACAAACAUUCAGAAACAGAAGUCCUUACUCUUGAUUCCCUGAUAUCAAGGACUCAUCAGGCACCAUCUUAAGUCUGUUGCUUCAAUAUUUUUGGCCAAGCAGAGGGAGAGCUUUCUUCAGCACUUGUCCAUCUGUCUCAGCUGAACUUGACUUCUUUACUGUUUUUCUCAUAUUACAAAUGCCUAAGAACAGCAAGGUAGUGAAAAGAGAACUAGAUGAUGAAGUCAUUGAGUCAGUUAAGGACCUUCUAUCUAAUGAAGACUCUUCAGAUGAUGCCUUUAAGAAGAGUGAACUUAUGGUUGAUGAUCAGGAAGAAAAAGAUGUAGAUGUUGAAGAAGGCUCAGAUGUAGAAGAUGAAAGACCUGCUUGGAACAGCAAACUUCAGUAUAUUCUGGCACAAGUUGGAUUUUCUGUGGGAUUGGGGAAUGUGUGGCGAUUCCCAUAUCUGUGUCAGAAAAAUGGUGGAGGUGCCUAUCUUGUGCCAUACUUAAUCUUGCUACUGAUAAUAGGGAUUCCGCUCUUUUUCUUGGAGCUUGCUGUGGGGCAGAGGAUCCGCCGAGGGAGUAUCGGUGUGUGGAAUUAUAUCAGCCCUAAACUUGGAGGAAUCGGAUUUGCAAGCUGCGUAGUAUGUUUUUUUGUUGCCCUGUACUACAAUGUCAUUAUUGGAUGGAGUCUGUUUUACUUUUCCCAGUCUUUUCAGCAUCCAUUACCGUGGGACCAGUGUCCUUUAGUUAAAAAUGCAUCUCAUACCUUUGUGGAGCCAGAGUGUGAAAAAAGUUCUGCAACCACUUAUUACUGGUACAGAGAAGCACUGAAUAUUUCCAGCUCUCUGUCAGAGAGCGGAGGUUUAAAUUGGAAGAUGACUAUCUGCUUGCUGGCUGCCUGGGUCAUGGUAUGCCUAGCCAUGAUCAAAGGCAUUCAAUCUUCAGGCAAAAUCAUGUAUUUUAGUUCCCUUUUUCCUUAUGUGGUGCUUUUAUGCUUUCUGAUCAGAGGACUGCUCCUUAAUGGGUCAGUGGAUGGAAUUCGUCACAUGUUCACACCUAAGCUUGAAAUAAUGCUGGAGCCCAAGGUCUGGAGAGAAGCUGCUACUCAGGUGUUCUUUGCCUUAGGGCUUGGAUUUGGUGGAGUCAUUGCCUUUUCAAGCUACAACAAGAGAGACAACAACUGCCAUUUUGAUGCUGUACUGGUGUCCUUCAUCAAUUUUUUCACUUCUGUGCUGGCAACUUUGGUGGUGUUUGCAGUUCUGGGCUUCAAAGCCAAUAUCAUAAAUGAAAAAUGUGUUAUCCAAAAUUCAGAAAAGAUUUUAAAACUUUUGAAAAUAGGCAAUCUGAGUCAGGAUAUGAUCCCACAUCAUAUAAAUUUCUCAAGCAUUACAGCAGAAGAUUACAAUUUAGUUUAUGACAUUAUUCAGAAAGUUAAAGAAGAAGAGUUUGAGUCUCUCGGUCUGAAAUCUUGUCAAAUUGAAGAUGAACUUAACAAGGCAGUUCAAGGAACUGGUUUAGCUUUUAUUGCCUUUACAGAAGCAAUGACCCACUUCCCUGCUUCUCCUUUCUGGUCAGUCAUGUUCUUCCUCAUGUUGGUAAAUUUGGGACUUGGAAGUAUGUUUGGAACUAUUGAAGGCAUCAUCACACCCAUUGUUGAUACCUUCAAAGUCAGGAAAGAAAUUCUUACUGUCAUCUGCUGCUUGGUAGCAUUUUUUAUUGGCCUGAUCUUUGUGCAGCGCUCUGGAAAUUAUUUUGUGACAAUGUUUGAUGACUACUCAGCUACUCUACCCCUGCUUAUUGUGGUCAUUUUGGAGAAUAUUGCAGUCAUCCGAAUUUAUGGAAUAGACAAAUUUAUGGAGGAUCUGAAGGAUAUGCUUGGGUUUUCUCCAAGCCAGUAUUAUUACUACAUGUGGAAAUAUGUUUCACCUUUAGUAUUAUUAUGUUUGCUGGUAGCUAGCAUUGUCCAAAUGGGAUUAAGUCCUCCUGGCUACAAUGCUUGGAUUGAAGAUACGGCUAUGGAAGAGUUCCACAGCUAUCCAACAUGGGGAAUGAUUGUCUGUAUAUCUCUGAUGGUGUUGGCCAUACUGCCAGUUCCAAUAGUCUUCAUGGUGCGCCGUUGCAACCUUAUUGAUGACAGCUCCGGUAGUUUGGCAUCUGUAUCCUACAAAAGAGGCCGGAUAAUAAAGGAACCUGUUAAUCUGGAGGGAGAUAAUACAAGUCUGAUCCAUGGGAAGAGUCCAAGUGAAGUGCCGUCUCCAAACUUUGGCAAAAACAUAUAUCGAAAACAGACUGGAUCACCAACUCUGGACACUGCUCCAAAUGGACGUUAUGGUAUUGGGUACCUGAUGGCAGAUAUGCCUGAUAUGCCAGAGUCUGAUUUGUAACUGCAGAAAAAAAAUGCUGUUUGUUUCUCCUCUCUCACUGAUCAUGGCUCUCCUAUGAGAAGUGGUCAGCUUUACUUACUAGGGUGUGAUCUCAGGUGCUCCACAGCAACAGUCUUUAAAAUGUCAUGACUGUACGUACAGAGAAAACUCUCUUUGGAUUAAUUCUCUGGGUUUUCAUUUGCACUGAAUGGAACACAUUCAAAAUCAAUUGCAGCCUACAUCUGCCAGCACAGCCAAGAAUUUGAUUUUUUAAUUAAUUUCUAAAUCUAAAGCUUUCUAUCUCUAAAGCCCAGAUCUCACUCAAAUGAUAAAAUAUUUCUGAAGUAAUAUCACUGAAAAUCUUUUAUUUUGUGCUUUCAGGUUAACUCCCCAGUAUUAAAAGUGAGCUCAGAAGUAGUUCACCAAACCCAUGUUUGUGUAAACACUUGUGUAUACCUUCUGUAGAUACGCUGUACUUAUUUUGUUAGCACUGAUAAUUACUUAGGCUAUUAGCUGAGUAAAGAACAAACCUGUGAACUAUUUUCUUAUGUAAUAGCUGUAUAGAGCAAUAGGAUUAGAAAAUCAAGGAGUAGACUUACAGGAAAGUGAGGAAAGAGUCCCUGUUCACUGGGGACUGCAUAACUGUGGCUGUAUAUUUUGUGUAAAAUAUUUGCUUUUUCAGUGUGAAAACAAUGUUAGAGUGAGUCACUCCAAGAAUCUUAAGGAUUGUGCAGAUUCUGCAUUUUUUUCUAUGCUGUGUGCCUAAAAAAGACCUUGAUAUUUAUUGUGGUUACAAGAUUACAUAUAUAUUAUAUUUAUAUAAUAUACUUGUAAUGUAAAUAUGUAUAUUAUUCUGUAUGUAAUCAUUUCAAAAGUUGAAGCAAGAUGGCUUUUUUAAUUAGUCUCCUUCAGUUUUGCUUCUGUUUUAUGCAGACCAUUUUUUUCAGUCAGUAAUUGUUAAGAGCUGUAUGUCAUUACAUUUUAACCUAUAAAUAAAGAGAUUGACAUGGUACUUCUCUGUGAUCUCCUAAUACACUUAUUAUAACACUGUCUGC